AUGGGCAGUGCCUGCUCAAGGAACAGAGGCCAAGUGGUCCAUGAGGAUCAACUGUACAGUGUCAAGUUCUCCAAGAGCGGCAGCUUCAAGUGGCUGCUCCACACGCUGUCACGCAGCAGCUCUGAUGUGCUCCGGAAGUCGCAGGGACCGGGCCCAGGUUGCCGCCCGUCGCUGGUGGAACUUUGCGUGGCCAGAGUCCGUGAGGACAUAAGUAGGUAUUCAGAUUUCUCCAUGCUGCCUAGGGAUCUUAGCCAGCAGAUAUUCAACGAACUGGUGCGCUGUAGCUACAUCAAUGAGGAGUUGCUGGGAGCUUUUCGCGACUGUGCUUUGCAGGAUAUUUGUCUGGAUGAGUACCCUGGAGUGAAGGAUGCUUGGAUGGAAGUAAUCGCUUCUCAAGGGCAGUCCUUGCUAUCUGUUGAUAUCUCUUGCUCUGAUGUGACUGAUAGUGGAUUGAAUCUUCUCAAAGAUUGCUCAAAUAUGCAAAGUCUGGCAUGCAAUUACUGUGAUCGAAUUUCUGAGCAUGGACUUAAAACAGUGUCAGGCCUCUCAAACUUGACAUCGCUCAGCCUUAAGAAAUGUGCUGCUGUUACAGCUGAAGGAGCAAAAGCCUUUGCAAAGUUAGUUAACUUGGUAAAUUUGGACCUUGAGCGAUGCCCAAAAAUUCAUGGUGGCCUUGUUCAUUUAAAAGGCUUGAGAAAACUGGAAACACUGAACAUGAGAUAUUGUAACGGCAUCACAGAUUCAGAUAUGAAGUAUUUAUCAGAUUUUACGAGCUUGAGAGAGUUGCAACUGUCUUGCUGCAAAAUAAGCGAUUGUGGUGUUUCUUAUCUGAGAGGUCUGUCCAAACUAUCCCACCUAAAUCUGGAGGGCUGUGCAGUGACUGCUGCUUGUUUGGAAGCUAUAUCAGGAUUGGCUUCAUUGGUUUUGUUAAAUCUCAAUAGGUGUGGCAUAUGUGAUGAAGGCUGUGAGAAAUUGGAAGGUCUUGUCAAAUUGAAGGUUCUUAAUUUAGGGUUCAACCACAUUACAGAUGCCUGCUUGAUUCAUCUACGAGAAUUGAUCAAUUUGGAGUGUUUGAACUUGGACUCAUGCAAGAUUGGUGACGAGGGACUAUUGCACCUGAAAGGCCUUUUGCAGUUAAGAAGUUUGGAACUUUCGGACACUGCAGUUGGAAGCAAUGGACUUCGUCAUCUCUCUGGUCUUCGGAAUUUGCAUAGCAUGAAUCUCUCUUUUACAGUGAUUACGGACAUUGGUCUGAAGAAAAUUGCUGGCAUGAAUUCACUGAGGUCACUUAAUCUUGAUAAUCGCCAAAUCACAGACAAUGGCUUGGCAGCUCUUACAACUCUGACCGGAUUAACGCACCUUGAUCUUUUUGGAGCUCGUAUAACUGAUGCUGGGACAAACUGCCUCAGAUGUUUCAAGGGUCUGCGGUCUCUGGAGCUCUGCGGUGGGCUAAUCACCGACGCUGGAGUGAAGAACAUCAAGGACCUCAAAGACCUGACGUUGCUUAACCUAUCCCAAAACGGCAACCUCACAGACAAGACCUUGGAGAUAAUCUCGGGCCUGACCGCUUUGGUCUCGCUGAACCUGUCGAGCUCCCGGGUAUCCAACGCCGGCCUCCACCAUCUGAGGCCGCUGCAGAACCUGCGCUCGCUGUCGCUCGACUCGUGCAAGGUGACGGCCUGCGAGAUCAAGAAGCUUCAGCUGGCCGCCCUCCCCAACCUGGUAAGCGUGCGGCCGGAGUAG